AUGCCACGGACGACGAUGAUCGGUGUAUUUCUGUUCAGCGUGGUGGUCAUCACCGCCGGCCUGCAUUCCUCCGUCGCGUUCCUCAACGGCGGCGGCGGCGGUGGUGGUGGCGGUGACCGCGAUCCCCUCGGCCAUCACGGGCGCUGCGAGCCCAUCACCAUCAAUCUCUGCAUGAACAUCCCAUACAACGAGACGAUCAUGCCGAACUUGAUGAAUCAUCAGAAGCAGGAGGACGCUGGCCAGGAGGUGCAUCAGUACAUGCCGCUCGUCAAGAUGAAGUGCAGCACGGAUCUGCGCUUUUUUCUGUGCACCGUUUACGCACCGGUCUGUACCAUCCUCGACAGGGCGAUACCGCCGUGCCGAUCGCUCUGCGAGAGCGCGCGCUCCGGCUGCGAGGCCCUUAUGAACAGCUUCGGCUUCGCGUGGCCGGAGGCCCUGGAUUGCGCCAAGAUGCCGAAGAACGGCGAGGAGAUCUGCGUGGGCACUAACGAGACCACGGCCCAGGAACCCGCCGCGCCAGUCUACCCGGCGACCCGCAUGCCCGCGGAGUUUCAGCCACCCUGGAAUGACGGGUACAAGCCUUACGGCGGAGUUGUCAUCGGUGGCGGUAACGGUUUUGCUAUGGGCGCCAGGGACUUCGGCUUCGUCUGUCCAAUCCAGUUCAAGGUUCCUCAUGGAUUAGGGUACUCGUUGAAGGUGGGAGACAAAGUGGAGCCUGACUGCGGGGCACCCUGCGACGGGAUGUUCUUCACCGAGAGGCAGAGAAAGUUCGCUAGAGUGUGGGUUGGCACUUGGGCCGCCAUUUGUGCAGCUUCAUGCUUCUUCACGUUCCUGACAUUCCUCAUUGAUACAGAUAGAUUUAGGUAUCCUGAGAGGCCUAUCAUUUUCUUGUCGGUAUGCUACCUGAUGGUGGCACUAGCUUACGUGAUUGGUUGGGCAGCAGGCAACUCCAUAUCAUGUAGAGAACCAUUCCCACCGCCUAUGAGUAUUCGAACACAGAUGAUUUCUACGAUUACCCAGGGUACUAAACACAAAUUGUGCACUGUGCUCUUCAUGAUUCUUUAUUUCUUCGGCAUGGCAUCGAGCAUCUGGUGGGUCAUCCUCACACUCACGUGGUUCUUGGCAGCUGGAUUAAAAUGGGGACAUGAAGCAAUCGAGACCAACUCACAGUACUUCCAUCUGGCCGCCUGGGCCGCGCCGGCUGUGAAGACUGUUACCAUUCUGGCGAUGGGAAAAGUGGAAGGUGAUAUACUAUCCGGAGUUUGCUACGUUGGUCUGUGGAACGUGGAAGCUCUUCGGGGCUUUGUACUAGCACCGCUGUGUGUUUAUCUUUUACUGGGCACUGUGUUCCUGCUGGCAGGCUUCGUCUCACUUUUCCGCAUCCGGACAGUGAUGAAGCACGACGGUACGAAGACUGAUAAACUUGAGAAACUCAUGAUUCGCAUCGGCAUCUUUUCCGUGCUCUACAUCGUACCUGCUUUGGUCGUGAUUGCCUGCCUCUUCUACGAGCAGGCAUACUUCGAUCAGUGGAUGCUCACGUGGAACAUGGAGAUGUGCUCGCGACCGGGUCCGCAGUCACUCUACUCGUUGCCGUGUCCUGUCGGCGAGCGCACCCGCGAUCUUGGUCGUAGACCCGAUUUUGAAAUCUUCAUGAUCAAAUACCUCAUGGCCAUGAUUGUCGGUAUUACUAGCAGCUUCUGGGUAUGGUCUAAGAAGACACUUACCAGUUGGCAGCAGUUUUUCCAUCAUAUACAAGGUCAUCGUACCGAAGCCUACGUUUAAGGCUAUAGCUGCAUUUAUUCACGAAGUUCUACGUACUGUCUUUUGUCUUUUUUUUUAUGUUGGAAGAUCGGAGACCUUAAACAUGACGAAGGUUAGUGGAAAUUUCGAAAGACCUUAAACAGGAAUAAGUUUUUUUUUAACUUUACUGUUUAUUCAGGCCUAUUUCACCCAAAAUGUAUUUUGGUAUUUAAUAUUUCAUCAUUACGUUGUAUGUUUUUGGAACUUCGUAGAUAUUUAUAAUUUAACGUGCAGUUAAGAAGAUAAAAAGAUUUUCCAACAAUGAUGGGAAAAGCUCACGAUAUGACUUUCAUAAUGACGCUAAAAUGUAUAGGUUUAUUAAAAAAAUAAGAUCGCACGAUCGUUGAUGGGAAUUUUCCGGAAUUCUCAGUGUCAUUUCUCAAUUUUUCGCAUAAUAUAAAAAGUACAUAAAAUGCUUUAUUUCUUUUAUUAAAAUUACGAAGUAAUUAGCUUUCGCCAAAAAUGUUAAUUUAAAUAAUGCUAAUCAUGUGAUAUUGACAUAUAGCUGAAAGCUUUUUGGUCAAUUUAAUUUGAAUUUAUUUAUAUCAGGGUAUCUACUAUCAGGAAAAUCAGGAAUUUUUAAAUUUUUUAUCAACAAUAAUACGUUACAUACGGACUGACGAAAUUAAAACACGAAACUAAAAGACCUGUGCUAGCCACAGUUUCUAGUCUCGUGUUUGAAUUUUUUUAUUUUUAAAAAGUAGAUUUUUCGGGACUUUUUUAGUACCGACGGAAAUUAUUGAAUUUUUUUCAAAUUUAAAUUUUAUCUCCCUUUUUCUAGCAAAAUUGUUUCUUUGAUAAUUUUUUCUUAAUAAUGCAAAAUCGAUCUUAAAUUUAAUAUUCAAAACUCAAUUGACUUUUUUUGUGAUUUUAUCAUUAAGAAACAUUAGAAAGUACAAUGAAAUAAAUUUAUUUCAAAGUUGUAUUAAAAAUUCUCUGAUCUUGGAAUAAUAUUUUUUAUCUUGAAGGAAAUUCCUGGAAAAUAUGGAAAUUCUCAGGAAAUUUUUAAAAGAUUUGAGUAAACAAUAUGAGUAAACCCUGAUUAUUCAGUAAUUAUUUCUUAGUUUUUGAGAAUUUCUAAUUUAUAUCAAUCAAAUCGAUCUGAAUCAAAGUUGUAACAACACUUCGUAUUACGUUUACAAUUAUCUCGUGAAUAAUUAAAGGCAUACAUUAAUAUUCGUCGCUGUGCCAAAUAAGUUUUUUAUCUCUUACGUUUUUUUUACGAAUGAUUUAUGGAUUUUGUAAAGAUAUUUGGAUUGAAUGUUAAUGAGUUUGAAAGUAUUAUUAGACGAUACUCGUUCUAUUACUAGCAUAGUCUCAUCUCUCCCUACAACUCAAGUCCCUAUGUUUAAGUUGGAAAUGCUCAAGUGCUAUAGCAGACAAAUCAAGUGUUCAAAGUUUUUAAAGCAGCUGAUCGGAUCCAAGAAUCCGAUAUAAUCUAAGAAUUAAGACUUAAUAGCAAAUUCCGUUGGAUAUAUUAGCGCAUAUGAUGUUAAACAUUGUCGUACAUAAAGCAUAAAGAUGUACGCGUAGGAAACGGUUGAAUGCACUAGAGAGAUGCUAGAGCACAAAUUAUCGCGUUGCUUGAUAGGAAUUGCAGUUCAGACAUUUUAUUAAUCAAAGCGCUUGCAUCACGCUUUUACAUUUAAUUAUAUGAUUAUAUAACAAACUGCUAUUUACAUCAAUACGCGUGCUGAUAUAUCCAAUCGAAUUCAUUAUAAGGCUUAAAGUCUGAAACAUGUCUGAACAUCUCAACAAUCAUUACUUCAUACUGCCACUGAAUCUUCCCAUCCUAAUAUGAUGAAGAAUCGAAAUCAAUUACGCUUAAUUUUUAAGUACUGAGGGACAUAAAAAAGAAUACUCAAGCGGAGACGGCUUCGACGGCUCUUGUCGAACGUUUUUUCUUUUGUAUUUAUAUUAGUUAAUAAUCUUUUUCCGCGCGACGAAUGCAUUGUCAUCUAGACUGUAAGUCGAGGACGCAUUUCAAUGGAAUCUCAACGAGAUUAACUUGUAAGAUUUACUUGUAAGAAGUGUGUUACUUUAGGUUCACACCCAUUGUAUAUAAUUAUAUACAUUUUUUAAUUAUCUAUGUAUUAUAAUAUAUUUUUAAAGACUUCUGUACAUAUAUACAUCGACGUGUUCUACAUGAUCAAACUUAUGCAAACAAACUGCCGAAUUCGUCCAACUGAAAUUGCCGAGCUUUUGUGUAUGAAGAUUCUGUGUUGCGAAUGCGAUACGCGUGAUUAUUAUGUAUUGUGGCACACGGCGUACGACUCUGUCGUAUGCAAGAUAUAUUAUAAAAUCAUGUAAAUUUUAUGAUCACUAUAUUCUUUAUAUAAUAAACGAGAGAUGCAUAUGUGAA